CAGGUCCAUCAAUACAUGCUCACCAAAGCUCCUCCUGUUCCUGAUCUCCCUCCACCUGCGAGCACUAAUGAGCAGACCAACGGCACCAUAUCAGAAGAACCACAGCAAACCAAUGCUAGUAAUAACGAAGCACCACCCACAGAAGGGGCUGUUCCAAACCCACAAGUAGAGGGAAUACCUGCCGAGGACGUGCACGAGCUCCGCGUUGAUGCAGCAGCCGGCCGACUAAGAUUGAGCUUCCGCACAGAAGUUGCGGUUUCGAGAGAAACAACAUCGGAGACAAAUUCACAACCUGAACGGGACAUUGUUCGAGCCCAAAAACCCAUGACCGACCGCUUUUUCAACUGGGCCGCCAUUGGACUCGCCGUUGCCAUUCUGGCUCUCUUAGUAAAGAAGUUCCUGAAAUCCAAUGGUAUAGCCCA